CGAUGGUAAAUGGAAAACAGGAGCAUGUGGAAGCUGCCCUAGCUCAACAACUACCAUGAAAAUGGGGAUUGAACGAGUACUGAAGGAAAAAUUUGGAGAUACAGUCAAGGAUAUUCGCCAAGUGUAUGAUGAUGACCACACAAGUGAGACAACGGUAGAGGCGGUGAAUGGCCAUCUUGAUAUAUUGAGGCCAGCCAUAAAGAACUAUGGUGGGAAUGUGCAAGUAUUAUCUGUUGAGGGUGGCGAUUGCCUUGUAAAGUAUGUAGGGCCUGACUCCAUUGGAUCUGGAGUCAAAGCAGCAAUAAAGGAGAGGUUUCCAGACAAUACAAAUGUUGUGUUUACUGGUUAGGCUGCUGUCAAUCUUGGAAGCUCAGCGAAGUAGAUGACUGGAUUUUCGAAUAUUUUUCAUGAGGGGGAUAUAUUAAGCGCCACGAUAGAACUUCAAUUCCAAUGUCUCAGUGUAUUUAAUUAAAUUAAAUUCAAGUUUCUUCUAGAUACUGUUGCAAUUAAUUGAUCUUCUGUUGAUAAUUAAGAUUUUCUGAAAUAACAUAGUUUAGAAUUGUAGAACCAAAUUGGUAUUUGUACUUUAGUUUUGGUUUGAU